AUGCUGGAACUGGGGGCUGGAUGGAAUAUGAAAGUCCAGAUGUAUAGCGCCUUGGAAAUAGAGAACAUGACCGAUAUUCAUGGAAAAAUCAGCCACGUUCUUGAAGAUACUAACGACCCCAAUAACAAUUUCACUGUUCGCAUUGCCAACAGAUUGUUCGGAGGGCAAAUGUUCUCAUUUAAUUCUAGCUAUAUUGAGGACAGUCUCAGGUAUUAUGGGGCGCAACUGGAACGUCAGGAUUUUGUAAAUUCACCGGAAGAAUCAAGGAAUAUGAUUAACAAGUGGGUCGAAGAACAAACUGAAGACAAAAUCAAAGAUUUUCUAGAACCAGGCGACAUCACUUACUCUACCAUUCUGGCUCUCGUAAGUGCCGUGUACUUCAAGGGUAAAUGGGCAUCUCCCUUCGACCUCUCGCAGACAAGAAAACGUCCUUUCUAUACUGCAAAUCCUCGGCCCACGUUAGUGGAUAUGAUGACACAGACUGGGCUAUUUAGGUAUGCCCAUAGCGAGAAAUGGCAGGCCUCCAUGAUAGAAAUUCCUUACCACGGAACGGCCAGCAUGCUGAUCAUACUGCCCGACCAGCGUGAUGGACUCAGCCAUUUUGAAUCUCAGUUUACUGCCGAUGAAUUGCUAAAACUUUUUAUUUCUACACAGACAAGGGUGUCACUGUCGCUCCCUCGGUUUGUAUUAGAAGACAUGCGAAUUGAUUUAAAAGAACCACUCAAGAGUCUUGGGAUGACCGACCUGUUCUCAUCCAACGCUGACCUGUCAGGUAUAGGAGGAACCCCUGGUGAACUUAAGUUGUCAAAGGUAGGAUUGCCGGUGAUGCUGAUGAUUUAUAGAAAAUUGAAUUUGAAUCUUGUCAGCUCUUAACA